ACAGUACAGGGAUGACCAGAGACUGCGGACACAGUACAGGGAUGACCAGAGACUGCGGACACAGUACAGGGAUGACCAGAGACUGCGGACACAGUACAGGAGAUGACCAGAGACUGCGGACACAGUACAGGAGAUGACCAGAGACUGCAGACAGUACAGGGAUGACCAGAGACUGCGGACAGUACAGGAGAUGACCAGAGACUGCGGACAGUACAGGAGAUGACCAGAGACUGCGGACACAGUACAGGAGAUGACCAGAGACUGCGGACA